AGAAGGCCCCGGGUUCGACUCCCGGCAGCGGAAUUUUAUUUAAUUAGCUUCAUUUUUUAUCAUAAUUUUUUUUAGUUUUCAGAUCCUAGUAAUAAAAAUAAAAAACGAGACAAGAGACAGAUAAAUUCCCAUCCGCGGGCAAAAUCCCUUGCCAGUUGCCACCACUUUCCCCGUCCGUCUUCCCGCCCCGCCGGCGGCCACCAUGGUCCGAUUUCACGAGCACGUAAUCACAGAGCUCCUCGACGAACCUUCCGGCGGACUGGUAAUCCUAUCCUCCGGCCUCUCACUCUCCAAACUCAUCUCUUCUCUUCUCCUCCUCCACGACCCUUCCCAGGGCUCUCUACUAAUCCUCUCCCCUUCCUCCCAAUCCCUAAAGUCCCAAAUCUCCCACCACCUACAAUCCUCCGACGGAAGCAACGAAAUCGCCGAGAUCACCGCCGAACUCCCCGCACACCACCGCCUCUCCCUCUACUCCUCCGGCCAAACAUGCUUCAUCACCGCCAGAAUCCUCAUCGUCGACCUCCUGACCAACAAAAUCCCCAUCUCCUCCCUCGCCGGCUUGAUCUUACUGAACGCGCACUCGCUUUCCGAGACCUCCACCGAGGCGUUCAUCGUCCGAAUUGUGAAAUCCAUGAGCCGGUCGGUGUACGUUCGCGCGUUCACCGACAGGCCGCAUGCGAUGGUGGCCGGGUUCGCGAAGACGGAGAGGAUCAUGAAGGCGCUCUACAUACGGAAGCUUCACUUGUGGCCGAGAUUUCAGGUGUACGUUUCUGAGGAGCUGGAGAGGAAUCCGCCGGAGGUGGUGGAUGUUAGGGUUCCGAUGAGUAAGUAUAUGGUUGGGAUACAGAAGGCGAUUGUUGAAGUCAUGGAUGCUUGUUUGAAGGAGAUGAGGAAGACGAAUAAGGUGGAUGUGGAGGAUUUGACUGUGGAGAAUGGGCUGUUCAAGUCGUUUGAUGAGAUUGUGAGGAGACAGCUUGAUCCCAUUUGGCAUACUUUGGGGAAGAAGACUAAGCAGCUUGUUUCUGAUUUGAAGACCUUGCGGAAGUUGCUCGAUUAUCUUGUUAGGUAUGAUGCUGUGAGUUAUUUGAAGUAUUUGGAUACGCUUAGGGUGUCAGAGAGUUUUCGCUCUGUCUGGAUAUUUGCAGAGUCGAGCUAUAAGAUUUUCGAUUAUGCAAAGAAGCGAGUCUAUCGGUUGGCAAGGUCGAACGACAUUAAUUUGAAGGAACAGACUAAUACCUCAACUGCCAAACGGAGGAAACUGAGGGUCGACCGGAAUAUGCCAAAUGGUACUUCAUCUGUAAGUGAGGGAGUUGUACUGGAGGAAGUUUUGGAGGAAGCACCAAAGUGGAAGGUGUUACGUGAGAUACUUGAAGAGAUAGAGGAAGAAAGAACAAAGCAAGCCUUGGAUGAAGAUGCUGUUGAUAGCGAUGAAUUGGAUAGUGGCAUUGUUUUAGUGGCUUGCAAAGAUGAACGCUCAUGCAUGCAGGUCGAAGAUUGCAUGACAAAUGGGUCUCUAAAGGUAUUGCGAGAAGAGUGGGAAAAUUAUUUGUUGAGCAAAAUGGACUUGCGUGGCUUCCAAACACCACAGAAAAAGAAACCAAAACCUAAGGAACCGAGAGGAAUUGGACUUCUUGAUGGAGUAGUCCCUGUAAAACCCGCCCAGAGUGCAGAAUCAGCAAGCAGCAUAAACAAGCAGGAGCAUGAGGCUUUGUUGGCAGCAGCAUUACAGAUAAGAAGUAAAACGCAUAUUACAGAUGAGAUACCACCUCUUGUUGAAAAUGAUCAGAAAAGGAGGGGAAAAGGACCGAAGAAAAAGGCACCAGCAAAUGGUCAAACAUCAGGCAGUAAAAUCAAUGAGCCUGAAACUUUUAUAGUAGACAAAACUAAUAGUGAAAUUACAGGAUUCCAUCAACCAGGCAAGUUAAGGGGGGCUUCUAUGCCAGGGGCUCUUCGGAGGCAUAAUGGGGACCAUGAUGACCCUGCAGGAUUAGAAGGAGGGGCCAAGAAAAUUCCACCUUUGUAUUUCUAUGCUCUAGAAAGGAAUGAGCCUAUACUUGACAUGCUGAAGCCUUCUGUAAUUAUUGUUUACCAUCCGGAUAUGACAUUCGUUCGGGAGAUUGAAGUAUUCCAAGCUGAAAAUCCAUCGAAAAGGGUGAAGGUUUAUUUUCUUUUCUAUGAAGCUUCAACUGAGGUACAGAAGUUUGAGGCCAGUAUACGCAAAGAGAAUGGAGCUUUUGAAUCUCUCAUCAGGCAGAAAUCCAUGAUGAUGAUUCCUGUUGAUCAGAAUGGAAGUUGUCUGGGUCUGAAUUCUUCGGCUGAGCUAGAGGCUUCUAGUUCUCAGAACUCUAUAACUAGAAAGGCCGGUGGAAGGAAAGUUGCCGAUAAAGAAAUGCAGGUCAUAGUGGACAUGAGGGAGUUCAUGAGUAGCCUUCCAAAUGUUCUUCACCAGAAAGGAAUGCGGAUAAUACCAGUUACCUUGGAAGUCGGAGACUACAUUCUAUCCCCACAAAUCUGCGUGGAAAGGAAAAGUAUCUCUGAUCUUUUCAUGAGUUUCACAUCAGGCCGCCUCUACAACCAAGUGGAUAUGAUGGUGCGGUAUUACAGAAUACCCGUUCUUCUCAUCGAGUUUUCACAGGACAAGAGCUUCUCUUUCCAGUCUGUAACUGAUAUCGGGGAUGAUGUAACACCCAACAGUGUGAUCUCCAAGCUGUCAUUGCUCGCUUUGCAUUUCCCCCGGUUACGAAUCAUAUGGUCUCGAAGCUUACAUGCUACUGCAGAAAUAUUUGCUACCCUGAAGGCAAAUCAGGAUGAGCCCGAGCUGGACAAGGCAGUUAGAGUUGGGGUCCCUUCAGAGGAGGGUAUUGUGGAAAGCGAUGUGAGAGCUGAGAACUACAACACAUCGGCGGUUGAGUUUCUGAGGCGGCUUCCAGGAGUGAACGACUCGAACUAUCGGGCAAUCAUGGACGGUUGUAAAAGCUUAGCAGAACUGGCUCUUCUCCCUGCGGAGAAGUUAGCUGAGCUAAUGGGUGGCCAAAAAGCAGCUCGCACGCUCAGAGAUUUCCUCGACGCCAAGUAUCCUACGUUGUUAUAGCCCCACAGAUGAUUGGAUCAGGCACUCUGUUAUUGCUGGUGCAUUUGCUUGUUCAUAAAUGCGGCUUGAGCUAGUUGCUGGCAUAGUCGAUUCAAGAGUGUUCUUUUUAGUUUUCCAUUGUUCUUGUAUUAGAAUUAUUCCCAUUCUAUGGGAGCUUGUUCAUUGUUUGUAUUUUUAUUGGUUUCCCUCCAGGAAGUUUGUCAUAAUUAAAUAUUAUUCCGUUCCAUAAUGCAGUUAUGCAGAGUGGCAGUGGGAACCCCGUUUUCUGCAAGUUUUUGCCACAAAGCUCCCCUACCAACAGUACACUCAUUAGCGGUAAUAGCUCAGGCCGAAGAUCUAAAGGUUGCGUGUUUGAUUAGUUUAGUAAGGAGAG